AUGAUUGUCACUUUAGCACUCCGAGUUCUUCAGAUGUUGUUCGCUGCCGUUGUUCUAGCCUUGUCUGCGAUUUUGAUCAAAGGUUAUGGUCCAGGUCAUUCCUGGUCUCUCAUCUCCUACGGAUCAUUCUGUGGCGGAGCAGCGAUCAUCAUCGCAGCAAUUGGUGUGGCAGCUUGUUUUGUUGAAGCUCUACAGGGAGUGAUAAUGCUCGUUCUCGAUGGAGUUGCAUCAUUCUUUCUCCUCGCUGGUGGAAUUGCAUAUGCCACAACGAUCAAGGUCGGCAGCUGCAGUGAUUUUGAUGGUUACGUCAAUCUUCACAACAAUCCAUUCGGCUUCAGUCUCUACAAAUAUCCAAGAGGACUUACUAUCCAGAAAGCCAUAGAUGAUGCUACGGGUAGAUGUCGAGAAACUCAAGCGAGCACAGCGUUUCUUUGGUUUACAGCGGCAUGUUUUGUUGGAACGACUGCUCUUCACUUCUUGAGCAGGAAACGUGGCGGUGGUGCUGCGAGCUACCCUUAG